AUGGUGAAAGAGUAUCUGAUAUUUUUAGCUCAAACUCAUACUAGUUUCAGGAAAGCCGAACUAGAAUCCCUAGCUGACUUACAUAAUAUUGAAGUAGAUCUUUCAGAGCAUAAUGAAGAAAAUCCGUUUGUUAUCGUUAAACUGAAAAAUGAUGAAGAGGCAUUCAAAUUGAUUGACCGGGCAAUAUUGGCCAAAAGUAUUUAUGAAUUAUGGGGUCAUGGUGAAUCAUUUGAUCAAUUGCAUAGAGAUGUUAAAAAGAAGAUGGAUUUUCUAAGGGGUCCAUACAUGGAUAAUACAGCAUUUAAGUUUGAGAAUUUGACAUUUCAGGGCGGUAAGAAAACAAGAGAACAGCAAAUCAGGCUCUAUGAACAAUUUGCCUAUUUAGAGUUCAAGGGUAAAAUCAAAAUGAAAAAUCCUGAUCAAGUUUUUACUAUCCUUGAGCAAUAUUCACUAGGUACAGAUUUAUAUCCGCUGGAGUAUCCUGAUCAUGUAUACUUUGGAAGGCUAGUGAAUGUGAGCGCAAGGACAAGAGGAGCUGUCGAGAAAUAUGAAAUUAAGAAAAGGCCAUAUUUUGGCACAACUUCAUUUGAUGCCGAAUUAUCGUUGUUUACCUGUAACAUGGGGCAAGUAAAAAAGAACCAGUUAGUAUAUGAUCCUUUCGUGGGAACAGGAUCUUUUCUCGUUGCAGCUUCUGAAUUUGGUGGCAUAACAAUUGGUUCAGAGAUUGAGUUUUUAACUUUGAAAGGAAAGGGACCAAAGAGACGAUUAAAGGAUAAUUUCGAUUAUUAUAAGAAACCUCUGCAUUUUUGUGAUGCAUUGUGUAUGGAUUUUACUAAUAAUGCUUUUAGGGAUGAUUUAAUGUUUGGAUCAAUUAUCUGUGACCCACCAUAUGGUGUGAGAGAAGGCGUGAAAGUAUGUGGAUCAUCAGAUGAUAAAGUUGGUCGUGAGAAAAUUGUAAUUGAUGGGCAAUUAGCUUAUCUCAGAAAAGAUUAUAUUCAACCAAAGAAGGCAUAUUCAUUAGACCUAUUAUUAGAUGAUUUACUGGAUUUUUCGGCCAAAAGAUUAGAGACAGGAUCAAGAUUGUGUUUUUGGAUGCCUGUUGCUAAUGACGAAGACAUUCCGACCAUGAUCCCACAACAUGAAAAUUUGGAAUUAAUCUAUGAAUUAGUUCAAGAUUUCCAUAAAUGGUCCAGGAGACUCCUUGUUUAUGUUAAAAGAGACGGAAACUAUAAGGGGAAAACAUUGAAAAGCGAACAUAGGGAAGGUACUAAUAAUUUCAGGGAUCGUUAUUUUCAUAAAUUUUCGAGAGAUAGUAAGCUUACACAGAAUUAG